UGAGUCAAAGCGUCGCCUAGCGGUACUUUUAGAUAUGUCAGGAGAAGAAUGCGGAUGAUUAUCGCUGUACUGUGUGGACGUUGAACGUGCGUCAGGAUUGCUUGAAAGCAGACGUGUAGGGCAUUCAAGUCUCCAUAUUAUACCUAAUCAUUCUGUACAGGCUACUGGACUACUGAGGCUUCCGAGAUAUACACAUCCAAAGAACUGCUAACCAUGGCAACAGGAUACGACUCAGAUCACGAGGUUGAACGUUUUGAGGUGACGGAUGAGGAUUUGGAGUUCGGCCUAUCCUCUGGAUUAGGGAGGAAGAGAUAUCGAGCCAGCAAAGAGCAUAAUAUCUAUGGUAUCUGGGCCCGAGAGGAUAGCGAUGAUGAUGAGAGACCAAGUUUCAGUGGGAAGAACUCAAAGCAGAACUAUUCUACUGGCAUUGACUUUAUCAGUGGUGGAGUCAAACAGUCCAGUGGAGAAAUCCUCAAGGAAAAAGAUGAUGAUGCAUCAGAUGACAGUGACGUGGAUGGAGCUCCUAUGGAAAUGGACAUGGCAGGAAUGCCCAAGCACUUUGGUGCUGUCAAAGAAAAGAAAACAAAGGCUCCAAAAGGAAAACCCCAGUUCCGCAGUGUCGUUCCUGAACAGGGUUUUGGCAACUGGGAAAAACACACCAAAGGAAUUGGGCAGAAGCUACUGGCCAAGAUGGGGUAUGAGCCAGGGAAAGGUCUGGGCAAGAACAAGCAAGGUAUCACAAUACCUGUGGAGGCGUUCAAGAGGAAAGGUCGUGCUGCAGUCGGAGCUUAUGGCUUUGAGGGGAAUAAAAACUUGCACGAACAGUUCCAAACAACAACAGGGGAGGAGGAGGAGGAGGAGGAGUUCCAGGAACAGCUGGCACAAUGGAAGAAACAACCUGAGAAAGCCAAGCAGAAGGUAAAGUACAAGUACAAGACAGUGGAGGAUGUGAGAGCUACUGGAGGUCCUGGAGCCAAGAAGAAGAUGGCAGCCCCUACUGCUGCCAGUAAAAUCAAAGUCAUAGAUAUGACUGGACCAGAGACCAGAGUUCUUUCAGGAUAUGACCAGAUUGCAGGCACACAGCUGCAGUUCACUGAUGAGGCCAUGCCUAAGAAGAAAGCCUUCUCCAUGCCCGAGCUGGAACACAACCUCACCCUGCUGGUAGAAAUGACGGAGCAGCAGAUCCUAGACAACGAACGGCGCCUCCGCCACGAGAAGGACAUGAUCAUCAACCUGAAACACGAGGAUGAGAAACUGACGGAGGUCCUUCACGAGGAGAAGAAGUCGAUAGACAAGUUGGAGGCCGUGCUUGAGAUGGUGGAGGAGUGCGAGAGGCGCCUGGAUCUGGGUAGCCUGGAGCCGCUGACAUUACGGGACUGUGAGACUAUGUUCCGUCGCCUUCAGGAAGAAUACUAUGUGGAGUACAAGUCAUAUGAGCUGAACCAGCUGGCAAUCACUGUAGUGUUUCCAUUGGUAAAGAAGAUGUUGAUAGACUGGAAACCCCUACUGGACUCCGCCUUCCCUCUGCAGGAGUUCCUCCUGUGGAAGGAACUGUUGGAGGAGGGCCAUGGCAUGCCGCUGGGGUCGGACGGUACAGGGAUGGAUGUCUACCACCGCUUGGUCUGGGAAAUAUGGAUGCCUCAUAUCAGAACCAUGUUUGGGUCUUGGUCUGUGCGUAACUAUGACCAGAUGCUGCGGCUGUUAGAAGACUGGUUACCCCUGGUGCCCACCUGGAUCAUGGAUAACCUGUAUGACCAGCUGGUGAUGCCCAGACUGCUGACAGAGGUGGACAACUGGAACCCCACCACUGACACCAUGCCCAUCCACCAGUGGUUGCACCCAUGGUUACCUCUCAUCAGUCCACGACUGGAGUGCCUGUAUCCCACCAUCAGACACAAGCUGGGGAAGGCCCUGACCAACUGGCACCCCAGCGAUGCCUCCGCUAUCCACAUCCUAAAGCCCUGGAAACCAGUGUUCAGUGAAGGCAGCAUGGACUCCUUCCUGCUGAAAAACAUCCUGCCUAAACUGGGGCUGUGUUUACAGGAGUUUGUCAUCAACCCACACCAGCAGCAUUUAGAUGGGUUCCAGUGGGUGCUGCGGUGGCAUGGCAUGCUGCCUGUCCAGAGCUUGACGUCCCUGUUUGAGAAGCAUUUCUUCCCCAAGUGGAUUCAGGUCCUCUGUACCUGGCUCAGCAACAACCCUGACUAUGAACAGGUAACAAAGUGGUACCUUGGGUGGAAAUCUCAGUUUCCAGAAGAAAUGCUAAAUGAGCCAGCUGUCAAAGACCAGUUCAACCGGGCAUUAGACAUGAUGAACCGGGCAGUUGGAGGGGGCGGCGUGGUACAGCCUGGCGCGCGGGAGAACGUGGCGUAUCUCACGUCCACGGAGAGACGGCGGGACUUUGAGGCUCAGGCUGCAGCGGAGAAGAGAAGGGAGGAGAGGACCCCAAUGGAGGCAGCAAGGAAAGCAGCAAAUGUGUCCAUGAACUUUAAAGACCUCAUACAAGCCAAGGCUGAGGAGAACAACUUGGUAUUUUGCCCCAUCCCCAACAAGUGGCAUGAAGCAAAAGCAGUCUACCAGUUUGGCACAAAAACUAUCUACAUGGACAGGGGUGUUGUGUUUGUUCAGGGAGAAAAGACAUGGGUACCUGUGUCUCUACAGAACCUUAUAGAUAUGGCAAGGUAGGACAUACGUUGUCAUGGCCACAGGAUUUCAUAUAGGAGGAGUCAAUAAGACUUAAACUAUAGCUCAUGUUUAAGUGUGCAAAAAAAAGAGUAAAGGUAAUUCAAGUUCAAGGGUAUCUUAGACUAUGAUAAGUACCACUAGUACAUUGCGAGAAAAUCUGUGUGGUUGAUUUUGACUUUUAAAUCAUGCUUUCAGGAUUUCUUUUACCAUAUAGUAUUCAUGUACAAAGAUAAAUUGCAAACUUGUAAUGUACUUUCAGUAUGACACAAAAAAUUGUGCCAAUAUUUGUGUGCUCUUAAGUCUUGACUGCAUGCAUGUACGGUCACAAAGUCUGAAGAUACAUGACAGGUAAACAAAGCUUGUUAAGUUUUGCUUUUCCACAUACAUUGUAACUGCUGGAACUGUCUAAAUCAUAUUCUCCUUGCAGUCAUCAGUUGUGGUACAGGCCAUUGGUGAUAUUCAUAACAUAUGGGCAUGUGUUGUCAUCCAGAGGUCCCAGGCCAUCGGGGUAGUGACUGUUGGAAAGUAUGACAAUAGCUGUACAAUGCUGGAUACCAGGCAGGAUAUUGCAAUAGAUGAGACAUUUGCUAGUGAGACAAUAGCCACAGACUUGUUAGGAUCCAUUCAUUAUACAAUGACUUUAUUCACAAGUAAACUGAAGUGGAUGUACACAUUUA